AUGCCUUCUCCCUCCCGCGUUGGUACUCAGUACCCUCCUACCUUCCGCAGCAAGUUCGGCCCCAAGUACACCACGGUGCCCAACGUUGCCGGCUGGACCGUUUCCCAGGUCAUCAAGCUCGGAGUCCGUGCUGGUGGUUUCGGCGCCGCCGCCGGCAUUGCCGCCCUCUUCUUCACCUCUGGCAUUCCCAGAAUCCAGACUGACAUCCUCAUGAAGGUUCCCGUCCUCGGCCAGACCUACGUCAAGGACAUCCCCGCCUCUGACAACCCUUUCUAA